AUGCUCAUGGAUAUGAUCGUGGAGGAAGAAUUCGAGAUUAAGGAGGAUGAGCCGUGGUACGACAAGCAGGACCUGGAGCAUGACCUCCAGCUGGCGGCCGAGCUGGGGAAGAGUCUCCUGGAGAGGAACCGGGAACUGGAGCAAGGACUGGGGCAGAUGUACUCCACCAAUCAGGAGCAAGGGCAGGAGAUAGAGUACUUGACAAAGCAGGUGGAGCUGCUCCGUCACGUGAACGACCAGCACGCCAAAGUCUACGAGCAGCUGGACUCGUCGGCGCGAGACCUGGAGCACAACAACCUGAAGCUGAUCUCUGAAAACCGCACGGCACAGAACAAGAUCCAAGGGCUGACGGAGACGGUGGAGCUGUUGCAGACUCAGGUGGAGGAGCUUCAGAAACAGGUGGAGGACUUAAAGAUCAGCUCCAGUCUGAGAUCCAGGCAAACGGGACGUCCCAAAGGCAGACAGAGCAUCUCCUGUCUGCAAGAACUGGACUAUGCCUUCAGGCUGACCUCCGGAGACUCGGACCCCUCCCCUGUGGUCUGCUGGCAUGAGGAGCAGAGGGAGGCGCUGACGGAGAGCCUCCAGGUGCUCCAGAAGCAGCUGUCCACAGAGCGCCUCCGCAGGGAGAGAGCGGAACAGCACGCGGACGUGUUAGCCAAUGAGAACGCAGCCCUGGAGCAGCAGCUGGGCUCUGUGGACGCCUACAAGAGCAGACUGAUGGAGCUGGAGCAUGAGGCCGAGGAGUUGCGGCAGCUGUGGCAGCUCCAGUCGUCCGCUCGCUCCGCUCUCUCAAACUUCUCUCAUGAUUUGGACGAAACCCUGGACUCCUCAAAGAUCCCGCGCCUCCUCAAACGCAGCGGCAGCGAACGCACCUUCUCCAACAAACCAAACUCCCAUGACCCCCAGGACGAGCACCACCACGCCUGCUCCUGCAUCCGCCGCCACGACGCCUUCAAGUACCGCGGGAUUUCUCUGCUCAACGAGGUGGACGCCCAGUACAGCGCUCUGCAAGUCAAGUAUGAGGAGCUUCUCAGCCGCAGUCACGACCAGAGCCCAGACCAGGACCAGAACCAAGACCAGAACCAGAACCACCAGGAUGACGACAAAAAUCACUCUAUGAUUGUUCCAAAUGUUGCUAACUUUGAUAGCUUUAGCGAUGACCUGCACCAGCCGGAGUACAAGGAGCUGUUCAGGGAGAUUUUCCAACGCAUUCAGAAAACCAAAGAGGACCUGGGUGAGAACAGGGGAGGGGAGGUCGGUGAGGGAGGAGGGGGAGAUAGGGGACGACUUUAG